AUGGCCGGAGACGACGAGCGCUCGGGUGAGCGGAGGGGUGAGGAGCGGAGAUACGGACGGGCCAGCUCUCGGUCGAGGUCGAGGUCGCGGUCGCCGAGACGGCACCGGGAUGAUGUGAGGCGGAGGUCGCCCGUUGGCGAGGUCGGUUCGCGUCGGGAACGGAGGGCGAGAUCUCCCCGCGGAGACGACGGCAGGUGCCGCGACCGCGAUGACCCGGAGGAUCGAGAUUCGAGACACAGACAUCGGCGUCAUCACCAUCAUCGUCGGCACCGGGAUGGUCCGCGUGACGCUGCCGGCGGCAGCACUGCUUCGAAAGAAAAGAAGGCGGCUGCGGCGGUGUCGUUGCCAUAUGAGGCGCGCCAGCUGGGCAAGUCGGAGAUGGAGGUGUUUCGGCCGCUGUUGGCGUAUUACCUCGACCUGCAGAAGCAAAAGGACAUUCGCGAGAUGGACGAACGGGAAGUGAGGGGUCGGUGGAAGAGCUUCGUGGGGAAGUGGAACCGAGGGGAGCUGUCGCAGGGGUGGUAUGAUCCCGAGAUGUUUGUCUCUGCCAAGGAGAGGGCUCUUGAGGUUGGGAUUGAGGGGCUUCCUUCGCGGGGGUCUGAUGGUAGGGGGCGAGAGGAGGUGGUGGAGAGGAGCGAGGAGAGGGAUUAUGGCAGGGAGAGGACUGAUGAUGAGGAUGAUGGGGAUCGCAAUGAUGCGGAUGCCGAUGACGACGACGAUGAUGAUCUCGGACCAAGGUUGCCCCCCACCUCGCGCGGCACCGGCCAGCGCUCCGGCCCCGGAAUUCCCAACAUGGCAGACCUGUCCCUGCAGCGCGAGACCCUCGCCGAGGAAGCGGCGCGCGACCGCUCGGCGCGGGCGUCGGACCUCCGACAUGCGCGCAAGGAGGACAGGAAGCUUCAGCGGGAGAGGCUGGACGACGUGGCCCCCCGCGCGGAGGCGGGGACGCGGGAGAGGCAGCUCGAGAAGAGGGCGGCGGUCAACGAGAAGAUGAAGGAGUUUCGGGAGAAGGGGUUAGGUGGCGGGGAUGCUGUGGCGGAGGUGGGCGAGCAGGAGCUCAUGGGGGGCGGGGAUAGUUUUGCCGAGUUGAAGGCGAUGAAGGCGCGGGAGGAGAGGAAGAAGACGGAGCGGGAGGUUAGGAGGGAGGAGAUUGCGAGGGCGAGGGCUGCUGAGCGGGAGGAGAGGGUUAGGGAGUAUCGGGAGCGGGAGGAGGGGGUUAUGAAGGGGUUGAGGGAGCUGGCGAAGCAGAGGUUUGGGUGA